AUGGUCGGCAAUACACCCAUGAUUUACUUAGAGAAAGUGAGCAAAGAAACUGGUUGCACAAUACUUGCUAAAGCUGAGUUUGCAAAUUGUGGGGGCUCAGUGAAAGAUCGAGCUGCUUUAUAUUUAAUCAAAGAUGCUGAAGAGAGGCAAUUAUUGAAACCCGGUGGGACGGUAGUAGAAGGAACUGCUGGAAAUACCGGUAUAGGUUUAGCUCAUUUGUGUAAUGCUUUGGGUUAUAAAUGCGUUAUUUACAUGCCUGAUACGCAAUCUGUGGAAAAAAUUGAUCUAAUGAGAGCCUUGGGAGCGGACGUUAGACCUGUUCCAGCUGUUCCUUACGAUGAUCCUAACAAUUAUAAUCAUCAGGCCAUGAGAUUUGCAGACAGUUUAGAUAAUGCUGUUUGGACCAAUCAGUUUGACAGUGUAGCUAAUCGACGUGCCCACAUCGAAACGACUGGACCAGAGAUAUGGAAACAAACAGGUGGCACCGUUGAUGUGGUCGUUUUUGCUACUGGUACCGGAGGUACAUUAGCCGGAACCUCGAUGUUUCUUAAAAGUAUUAACCCUAAUAUCAAAGCGAUAUUAGCGGAUCCUCAAGGCAGCGUUUUAUAUAAUUACGUUAAAACUGGCGAACUGAUAAGAAGAGAAGGUAGUUCGAUUACAGAAGGAAUAGGUCAAGGUAGAGUAACCGCCAAUUUGCAGGGUGCUCCAGUCGAUGACGCCGUUAGCAUUAGCGAUUUUGAUGCAGUAAACAUGACAUUUAGAUUACUACAUGAAGAAGGUAUCUAUGUUGGUGCUUCAUCUGGUUUAAAUGUGGCUGCUGCAGUUGAAGUAGCAAAGAUGGUAGGACCCGGAAAAACAAUUGUCACAUGUUUAUGUGACGGUGGCCAACGUUCCUAUUCGCGAUUAUUCAACAGAAAAUUUAUGGAGGAAAAAGAUCUAUUACGAGCUAUACCUGAACCUUAUAGACAUACACUCAGUUAA